GGUUUCUAAGUGGUGUUACACGGAAAAGGAUCCGGUUUCUAUUGUUUACGUUGACAGAGAACAUUUAGAUAGUUAGCUAAUAUUCAUUAGGUACCUUGUCAAAAACAGAAAUUAUCAUGAAACCAGCGGUGGACGAGAUGUUCCCUGAAGGCGCCGGGCCUUAUGUGGAUCUAGACGAGGCAGGGGGCAGCAGCGGUCUGCUCAUGGACCUGGCAGCAAAUGAGAAAGCAGUGCACUCAGACUUCUUCAACGGUCAGUCAGACAGACACACAUACUAG